AUUCUCUCAAUUCCAAGUCAAAGGCAAAUUUACUUAAAUUUCAUUUUUUAUCAAAUGGGAAAAAGUAGAAUUCUUGUUGUAGGUGGGACCGGUUACAUGGGGAGGAGGAUUGUGAAGGCCAGCCUAGCGGAGGGCCACCCGACCUACAUUCUAAGGCGGCCGGAAAUCGGGAUGGACAUCGAGAAGCUGCAGGUGCUGCUGGAGUUCAAGAGGCAGGGGGCCGUGCUGGUCGAGGGGUCGUUUUCCGAUCACCAGAGCCUGGUGGAGGCGGUGAAGCAAGUCGACGUGGUUGUAUGCACCAUGUCCGGGGUGCAUUUCCGGAGCCAUAAUUUGUUGAUGCAGCUUAAGCUUGUUGAUGCUAUUAAAGAAGCUGGAAAUAUCAAGCGUUUCUUGCCUUCGGAGUUCGGCAUGGAUCCCGCCCAAAUGAUGCACGCGCUUGAGCCAGGUAGGGUCACAUUCGACGAGAAGAUGACGGUUAGGAAGGCCAUCGAGGCGGCCAACAUCCCCCGCACCUACAUCUCCGCCAACUGCUUCGGCGGCUACUUUGUCGGCAACCUCUCUCAGAUGGGGACCCUCCUCCCCCCCAAAGACAAAGUCCUCAUCUACGGAGAUGGCAACGCCAAAGCCGUCUUCAUGGACGAGGAUGACAUCGCCACUUACACCAUCAAGUCCAUUGACGACCCCCGCACCCUCAACAAGACCGUCUACAUCCGCCCACCCGAAAAUAUCCUCUCCCAACGAGAGCUCGUCCAGAUAUGGGAGAAUCUUUCCGGGAACACGCUGGAAAGGACCUCCAUUUCUGGCCAAGACUUUCUUGCUCUCAUGAAAGAUGCUGACUAUGCUGGCCAAGUUGGAUUAGGCCAUUUCUACCACAUUUUCUACGAGGGCUGCCUCACAAGCUUCGAGAUAGGGGAAGACGGGGAAGAAGCUUCUAGACUUUAUCCGGAAGUCCAGUACAAGCGCAUGGAUGAAUACUUGAAACUUUAUCUCUAAAUAUAUUGCUUGUAAUAUCAAUAAAAUUACUCUCAAAUUGUUCACAAUUAAGUCAUUAAUCAAGAAGUCUAUGUUCCAUCUGUAUAAUACAGCAUAUUAGCAAAUUAAGUUAGAUACAUCCUCAUCGAUUUUGAAGUGGUUUGUGUUUGAAACCUGAUCCGGAGACGCCUAUGAAGUCGUAGCUACUUCUGGAGUUGAGAUCAAACUCGAUGGAAGGCCCUUCGAGCUUGAUGUCUUUUGUGUCACGGGCUUCCUCUCCAUUCCUGUUGUCUCCAUUGACGGUGUGAAUGAAGCUCGAUAGCGCCAAGUUGAAGUCUGUUAGCUGAGCUUUAGUCGAGUGAUUCGAGUUAGCAGAAAGGCUCAGUUGAGCUCUUUCUAAUAUGGCUUGCAAGUACUUCCCUUGUGCUUCUAUUCUCAUUUGCAAUCUCUUCUGCACCUGUUUGUCGGAACAAGAAUUUGCCUAUUAUCAAAUAAAGGUGUAAACUAGAGUUGUUAUGUUUCU